AUGUAUGCCAUGCCUCUCUCUCUCUCUCUCUCUCUCUCUUCCAGUGUCUUUAUGCUUGGUUGUAUAUUUGCUAAUGUAGCUGCAGACCCGUCACCAAGCUCUCCAAGCCCACCAAAACAAGUGCAGAGAUCCAAACCAGCUCCUGCUCCUGACCAGCGUAAUAGGAAUACCCCUGAUGAUGGAGGGAAGGCAGUCUCAAAAAUCCCGGACCCAGGUAUGGCCGUCAAACCUGUUGUUUUGGUUCCAGCGUUCCCCGACCCCUCGCAAUUGAGCGAGUACCAACAUAUUCCAGAUACCUAUGCAAAACCGCGGUUGUUGUCCCCAGCUACACAACACGCCGAAUCAGUAAAGAUUCGAGAUCAAAGGGAAAUAAUCAACACAGCUGUAGCAAACCUCCAGUCUCUUCUCCAGGAUGUAUUUGAAAGUGAGGACGAGAUGCAGCUCGAGAGCUCCCAGGAUCCAGGCCAAAAUAUCAACAAAUACUUUUACACCAUGGAUACCACGGAAGAUAGCAGGCCGUGUCUGACCUCCGAGACCCAUAAGCAACUGCAAAAGGCUUUUAGAAGUGUUUCCGGAUAUGGUAAACUUGGAGAUAUUCCUAACGAGUUCAUUACGCGUAUACAGAAGCUUUGUGAAGCUCCCAUAAUGGCGGCCCAGUCGGUUGACAUCACAGUUGAAAGUGACAUGUCUGAAACCAGCAUGGAAAACUGGACAAAACAGCUUGGAGAGCUGGAGAAUGCAUUGCUCGCUAUGGGCACGCUGCUACACACCAUGGAUGGCCGUACUGAUGCAAAGGAACUUUGCUCUGAAGACAUGAUACAACUCAUUCCGACGGCUUUAAAUCAUGUUUUUGAGCGUUGUGUCAUACCAGCGGUCGAAUGCAGGCCAAGUGGUAAGGAUACAGCUCUCUUCAGCAUAUUUACAAGCCAAAAACAGGCGAUAGCAAGCGUAACCCUGCAAUCGAGGAAAAUCCUGUCUCAGCUAGGCGUUUUUCUCUCUGCAGUUGACCUUGUCGAGGGUGCAAUCACGGCAAUGGAGUUUAUGGCUACCAAGUUGAUAUUCGUCGAAAAUGCUCACCAUGAAAAAGAUUCUACUAUUGGAGUCCAGAGAUUCGAGGCGGUUCGGCGCUGCGCUAUGGACAUGCUUGCGAAGAUAUUUGCCAAAUAUGCCGAGCAACGAUCUUUUAUCCUGGAUGAGAUUCUUGUGUCUCUCGAAAAGCUUCCAUCUACCAGGCAAAGUGCUAGGCAAUUUAAGUUAACGGACGGAAAAAGUAUUCAAUUGCUUUCUGCGCUGGUUGUACAGCUUGUCCAAACCACUGCAGUCAGAAGCUCUUCACAACAUGCAGCAAAACCUAAAUUGCGGUCAUCUGGUCAAAAUGAGGAGGGUGAAGACGAUGAUGAGUCGGGGUCCGAGGAUGAAGAUGACACUUCUCCAUUUGUUAACCUUUCCAGACAGGUUGACCAGGCUUAUGAUAAUGCCGUGCGUAGCGCGCAAUAUAUCACUAGGUUCAUUGUCCAACGAGCUAUGACCUCAACGAAGACCGGCGAUCAGCCUUACAGAAAUAUCCUGGACUUAUUCACGGAAGAUCUAAUAAGCAUUCUUGGCUCUUCAGAAUGGCCUGGUGUCGAACUACUUCUACGGGUGUUUGCUUCUCAGAUGGUUGGGAUAGCAGAGCAUGAUAAAAGCACAGCAAAUGCAAAAAAUAUGGCCUUGGAACUUCUAGGCUGGAUGGGAUCAGCAAUUUCGGAUUUGACCUCCACGGCACAACAUUUAAACAACUCAACGGAUGAUGGUGACUCGGAAUUAACGGAAUACAUAAGGCAACUGUUCGAUAACCAUGUGAACAGGUCAUUACAUGUUCAAGAUCUUGUUGUCCACGAUGGCCCUUACCGUAUCUCCCUGGAAUACCUUAAUACUAAAGAUGUGGCAGGCUCACACCUCCCAAGUGCUCGGGAUUAUCUCCUCACAUCCUGGACUAAAACAGCAUGCACUGUUUAUUGUGAUGCCUCCCAGAAUGAGGCCAUAUCUCGCGGCUCUUCUGCCCGGAAGCUAGCAAGCUCUUUGACAAGCUUAAUAUCUGAGCCUCAAUGGCUUGAACAACAUCGUGAAUACGAGACUAUUUCUACCCAACAAGCUCGAUUUGCAUAUCUUAUUGUUAUUUUGAGCAGCGGAUUCUGUAAGGCCUUUGAUACUAUCGUUAAGGUCUUGCUCAGCUCCAUCUCCAGUGACCAGGCAAAAGUGCGGAGUCGAAGCUUAAAGAGCGUCAUUCAUAUGCUUGAACGGGACCCAAGCCUACUAGAUCGUGACGACUCCAUUAUGGACUUGAUUCUUAGAUGUGCAGCUGACUCAUCCCCAAUGGUCCGUGACUCUGCCCUUACUUUGACAGCCCGAUGCAUUUCCCUCAAGCCAGCACUGGAGAAUGAGUGUUGCCGUGCAAUAUUAGCAUGCGCUUCUGACCCAACUGUUGGUGUUCGAAAGCGAUGCAUAGGUCUGAUGAGAGAUGUAUACACCGUAACAUCCAACAAGGAUUUGAGGAUUUCUAUCAUAGAACAGAUACUAAGGAGAGUCCAAGAUCAUGAAACAAACGUUGCAACCUUAGCACGGCAAGGCCUGGAGGAACUCUGGCUGUCACCACUCCAUUCCACGGAUAAUUUUGACACACCGCAGGCCAAAGUAUCUCUUGGAGAGUUGGUUGAGCUUUUCAUAGGGGCAGUCCAAAGAGGUGAUGAAGUGGUAUCUAACCUUGAAUCUUUCUUCAAAGCAGCCCUUCACCCGGAAUCCAGAGCAGUGGUGCAGAAUUUCAAAAUAUGCAAGGCGGCGGUUGCUACUCUCUUUGAAAAUGUGGUCCACGGAUCCAAUACUGACCAGAGAUCACUGCAAUCUCAUCUUCGAACACUAACGGUUUUUGCAAAGUCGAAUCCCAAACUGCUCACUCCAGACCAACUGGAGACUCUUCACCCUUACAUUGGACAUCUUUCGAGUACAGACGAUCUCCUACUUUUCCGUUCCGUGGUGGUCAUAUACCGUUGUGUUCUGCCAAAUCUCUCUUCCGCUCACAAUAACCUCCUCAAAGAGAUUCAAAAUGACUUGUUCAAGAGCGUCUCAAAACUUGCUAGGACUGAACUCAAUGAAGUCAUGGCUUGUUUGUGGACUAUUAAUGGGGUUCUGCAAAAUACGGAGCGACUGGUCAAGCUUACAAUAUCCGUCUUGAAAGGAAUUUACCAGGCAUCAAACACCAAACUUGACGCUUCUACCAGCGGCGAUGCCUUGGGUAGAGUCCGGAGUUAUAUAAGAAUUGCUGGCUGUGUGGGGAAACAUUGCAACCUGGAGAAAUUUAGCUCAUUCUUUGCCCAGGCGUUUCCAAAAUCCAACACUGAAUCUGUUUCUGGUCUCAUGGUGGAGUUUAUAGCUCCAUUUGCAUCUUCUAUAUACCCUCAUGAGCUCAGAGUUAUGUCAUUAGAAAGUUUAGGGUCGAUAUGUGAAACUUGGCCCGAGCAAUAUGGCAAAGAGAAAGCUAGGCUAGCAUUCUCCUCUGUUUUCAAAGAAGACAGUGGCGAUCUCCAGGAUAUCGUCCUGAAAUCUUUCCUCACAUUCUUUUCUAUUCAUGAAGGUAAAUCAGAAAAGUUUGUGAAUACGGCUGAAACGAACGGUGAUAGUGCCGAUACCAGCAGACUUGGAGGGUCAUUAAAGGCCAGUGCAAACGAUGGUGCAGCGGCCUUGAUAGCGCAAAAUUUCCUUCCCCAGAUGCUUCAUGCUGCCAUGUCGAAGCAGGAUACUUUUGCACUGACUGCCAUCGAACUGAUCGCAAGCAUCAACCGUCAAGGCCUAAUCCAUCCAAAGGAAUGCGCAGGGGUACUAGUGUCCUUGGAAACUUCCCCUAAUUCAACAAUUGCUACUACGGCAUAUGACAUUCACAAAAUGCUCCACCAACAACACGAAUCUAUGUUUGACCGUGAGUACAUGAGAGCGAUUCAGGAGGCAUUCUACUACCAACGCGAUGUUAUUGGUGAUUCAACCGGUGCCUCGGUUCGUCCGUUCACUCCAAAACUUGCUUUACUGUUUGAUAUUGUCAAACUUAGCAACAGCAAGUAUCAAAAGAAGUUCCUCACGAAUUUUUGCUCCAAAGCCAACUUUGAACUGAAGAAGCUAGACACUUCAGGGAAUCCGCCUGAAUACCUGGAGCUUACACGGUUCGUGUGCCAAAACGUUGCAUUCUUUGAUUAUGCCCAAGUCGCAGAACUUCUGGCCGCCAUUUCUUGCAUGGAGCGUAUUGUGGGGACCACUGGGACCGCAGUCGCACAUUCUAUAGACACGGAAAUCCUAUCCGUGAAAGUACCAGAGGCUAUCGAACAACUUGGACCACAGGAAGGAGAGCCCAAUGUCAUUCCUGCUCCAAUUGAUCCUACUGUAUUAAAACGACUUGCAACGGCCGGCGCCGGCCUUUCAAUGCUGUGGGAGACAAGGUCUUACCUCCGCCGUCUUUAUAACUUGAACUUCCACUCUUUGCAAAAGGAAGGCAAAGUUGCCGCCAAAGAGCUGAACAAACCGGCCUCUAAAGUGCCAGGCAUCAACGGCGAUCGGUUCUGGGAUACUAUAGCACGAAUUAUGAAAUCCUUGGACACCACUGACUCCAUGACUAACAUGUGCCGCGAGUUUUCUACUUUGAUGUCAGUGGACGAUGAACUCAAGAUCGCCGGUGAUGAAGAUCGGGGCAGUCCCGACCCGUUUGCUGAAGUGAAUGACGUGAGCAGUGUGAUUGGGACUGCGGGAAGGCCUGUGAAACGAAAGAGCUCCGUCUCUAGUUCCACGACACCAAAGAAGAGACAAAGAGGAAGACCCAAGCUAGGAAGUAAACGCCCUAGUGAAGACUCGGACGAAGACAGUGACAUGGAUUAA